CUUUCACACAGUGAAAAACAAAACUAACGCAACUUGACCAACUUAAAGCUUCAACUUUUUACAAUAAUAACGACGGUGACAACAAUGACGACGGAGACGAUUCUCUUCCUUCUUCUUCUGACAACUUCAUCUUUCCUUGUUGAAUCCGGCGAUACCAACAACGUUUACUCUCCAUGCGCCGACACCACGGUUCAGAUCGACGACGGCUUCAGUUUCGGUAUCGCCUUCGCUCAGAGAACAAGUUUCAUUUACAACAACUCCCUUCAGUUGUCUCCCUGCGACCGUAGACUCUCUCUCUCCUCCGCAAACUCGCAGAUCGCCGUUUUCAGACCCAAAGUUGACGAGAUCUCUCUCCUCACUAUCAAUACUUCUUCGUUCUAUCCGGAUACUUACGGUGGGUAUAUGGUUGCAUUUGCUGGUCGCAAAUAUGCUGCUAGGUCCCCCUCUGCCUUUGUUGCAAACACUACAUACACCGUAACCAGCUUUACCCUGGUGCUUGAGUUUAAGAAGGGUAGGCUACAGAACUUGUAUUGGAAAAGGGAUGGCUGUGCUAAAUGUGCAGGACAAUCUAACUUUGUCUGCCUCAACAAUGUUGAUUGUGCCAUCAGAACUUCGAGCUGCAAGAACCGUGGAGGUUCUGUAGAUUGCAGCCUUGGAAUACAGUUGGCGUUUUCUGGCACGGAUAAACACUUCUCAGUUCUCAACUCGUGGUAUGAAGUAAAUAACCUUGGACAAUACUCACUCUAUGGCCUUUAUUCAAAUCUCAAGGAUUCUCUUACAAGCCAGUAUAACAAUUUCUUCUAGUUGUACUUAAGAUUGUUUGUAGAUCUUUCCUCGUGUAAUUUUUCCCUGUAUUUUAAAGGAAAUUAACUCUACAUCUCUCUCUGUCUUUUAGAUUUUUCUCUUGUUUAUGUUUCUUGAAAGUUAUGGCGUGUAAAUUUUCUUACUAAACAAUCAUUUGAAGAUUAUUACAUUUGAGUUCUUUUUUCA